AUGGCGCCUCGGAAAUGGCCUUUCGGCAGGGCGAUAUCUUACCGGAACGAAACAAAAACAAAGACACACGCCCAGCUACCCCCAGAUCCAAUCACUCCAAAGUCCGCCAAACCCCCAGGCGUGAACAGCGACCCAGCCAAGUCCCAAGCUGGUAAUUCUAAAACCAACAACUACAAUGCAAGGGAUCGCUGGCAGAUGGCGGGCGACGCUCUAGGUGAAAGCGACCAGGUCACACUGCCUCAGGAUGCUGGUCGAGCACGGACUGGAGAGAUACUCGACCAGAUAGUCAAGGCGACAGAUACGCAGUACAAGGAGGAUCCACGAUAUAAUGGCACUAGGGCAACAGCCCAUAAAAUAUUGAACUGUGUGCUUUCGUUUCAAAAUGUUGUUGACAAUGCGAUGACCAAGAACCAUGCGGACUUACGAGACGCCCUGCUUGACUCCUCCGAGUAUCUGGCGGAUCUGUUGGCUCGUUGUACCUUUAUUGAAGCCCAGUUCUAUCGCGAAGUCGAGGCAGCCAUAACAAAUAUCGAAAAAGAAAAAUCGAUGAUUCGGGUCUAUCAACUUGCACAGCUCAAGACUUCGACCAAGGGGGAGGAGUCCCAUCUACAUCACGGGCUGCUCCUCAAUCAGCAUCACCACCAAAAAGCCGAGGCAGAAGCCAUUCUCACUCAGAUCGACAAUCUGGUGAUGAAAAUUGAAAAAGUGGAGCGAGCAGUUGACAUGUUGAAUCUACCUUUUGCUGAUGGUGCAUUUUUUGACUCCUCUAAGGACCAACAUAAGGAUGAAUGUCUUCCUGGGACGCGAGAAGCAUUGCUUCAACAAGUGAAGGACUGGGGAAGGCCAAGUGACAAAGCCUGGGACCGGCAAGUCUACUAUUGCGAGGACGGUAGCUCGACCGUUUAA